GUGCAUGUAUAUAGAAUGCCUCCAGGCCGUCGAACUAAAGAGAGGGAUACGGCCUUAGCCAGAGAGCAACUAACUAGCCAUGCCCGGCCUUCUCUUCUUCCUCUUCAUCUUUUCCUUCUCCAUCGUCUCUGCCUCCACCAAGCAAGGCCAGGUUUAUAUAGUGAAUCUAGGCGAGCACGCCGGAGCGAGGGCGAAGGAAGCUAUCCUAGAAGAUCACCACGCCCUCCUCCUCUCCGUCAAGGGCAGCGAGGAGGAGGCACGGGCGUCGCUACUGUACAGCUACAAGCACACCCUGAAUGGCUUCGCGGCUCUUCUCUCUGGAGAAGAAGCCACCAAGCUAUCAGAGAGGACAGAGGUUGUGUCUACCUUUCGGAGCGACGGGAGAUGGUCCCCGCACACCACGAGGUCUUGGGAGUUUGUGGGUUUUGAGGAAGGGCUCACAGGCGUGCACAGCAAGGAGCGGCUGCCAUCCGGCGAUAACGCCGGCGAGAAUGUCAUCGUAGGCAUGCUGGACUCCGGGAUUUGGCCGGAGUCGAAGAGCUUCGGCGACGAAGGGCUAGGGCCAGUGCCUGCUCGGUGGAAGGGAGUGUGCCAAGGAGGAGAUUCCUUUAAUUCAUCGUCUUGCAAUAGGAAGAUCAUCGGCGCGCGGUACUACCUCAAGGCCUACGAGGCCUACCACGGCAGCUUGAACACGACCUACGCGUUCCGCUCGCCGCGCGACCACGACGGGCACGGCACCCACACGGCGUCCACCGUUGCGGGGCGCACCGUGCCGGGCGUGUCUGCUCUAGGCGGGUUUGCGUCCGGCGCGGCCUCGGGCGGCGCGCCGCUGGCGCGGCUGGCCAUCUACAAGGUGUGCUGGCCCAUCCCGGGGCCGAACCCCAACAUCGAGAACACCUGCUUCGACGCCGACAUGCUCGCGGCCAUGGACGACGCGGUCGGCGACGGCGUCGACGUGAUGAGCGUCUCCAUCGGGGCCUCCGGGAAGCCGCCGCCGUUCGCGAACGACGGCAUCGCCCUCGGGGCGCUGCACGCCGCCAAACGCGGCGUGGUGGUGGUUUGCAGCGGCGGGAACUCCGGCCCCGCACCGGCCACCGUGGUCAACCUGGCGCCGUGGAUCCUCACGGUCGGCGCCAGCAGCAUCGACCGCUCGUUCAACUCGCCGAUCAGGCUUGGUGAUGGAAGGGUGAUCAUGGGUCAGACAGUGACACCGUAUCAACUGCCGGGCAACAAGACGUAUCAGAUGGUUUAUGCAGCUCACGCCGCUGUUCCUGGCACUCACGCCAACGUUACCAACCAGUGCCUGCCAAACUCACUGUCGCCGGCCAAGGUGCGAGGGAAGAUCGUGGUGUGCCUGAGGGGGAGCGGCCUGAGGGUGGGCAAAGGCCUGGAGGUGAAGCGGGCUGGCGGCGCGGCGAUGGUGCUCGGCAACCCGCCCAUGUACGGGAGCGAGGUCCCCGUCGACGCGCACGUGCUCCCGGGCACGGCGGUCUCCAAUGCCGACGUCGACACCAUCCUCAGAUACAUCAACUCCAGCGGGAACGCUACUGCUUACCUGGACCGCUCGAGGACGGUCGUGGAUGUCAGGCCGUCGCCGGUGAUGGCGCAGUUCUCGUCGCGUGGCCCCAACGUCGUCGAGCCCAGCAUUCUCAAGCCUGACGUUACGGCGCCGGGGCUGAACAUCCUGGCGGCGUGGAGCGAGGCGUCGUCGCCCACGAAGCUCGACGGCGACGACCGCGUGGUGAAGUACAACAUCGUCUCCGGGACGUCCAUGUCGUGCCCGCACGUCGCCGCCACCGCCGUCCUCCUCAAGGCCGCCCACCCCGACUGGAGCGCCGCCGCGAUUCGAUCGGCCAUCAUGACCACCGCAACAACCAGCAACGCGGAGGGCGGCCCAAUAAUGAACGGGGACGGGACGGCCGCAGGGCCCAUGGACUACGGGUCGGGCCACAUCAGGCCCAGGCACGCGCUGGACCCGGGCCUGGUGUACGACGCGUCGUUUCACGACUACCUCCUCUUCACCUGCUCCAGCGGCGGCAGCGGCGCGCGGCUGGACCGCUCCUUCCCGUGCCCGGCGAGCCCGCCGCGCCCGCACGAACUCAACCACCCUUCCCUGGCCGUCCACGGCCUCAACGGAUCAAGAAUCACCGUUCGCCGGACGGUGACCAACGUCGGCCAGCGCGGCGCGCAUUACAGCGUCGCCGUGGUCGAGCCCCCGGGCGUCUCCGUGAAGGUCUCGCCGACGAGCCUCAGCUUCGCGCGUACGGGGGAGAAGAAGGAGUUCACGAUAACAGUCGACGCGAAAGGGGGGAAAGUAGACCGGAAGUAUGUCGCAGGCUCGUAUACGUGGAGCGACGGAGUCCAUGGUGUGAGCAGCCCCAUUGUUGUUCUUCUCCCGUGAUCGUUCUUGCUCUUGCUGGCCAGUAAAGGUAGGCUAGGUGCCGAAAUCUGAAGAACAGAUGAAUACACCUAUGUCGAAGCGGGAUGCCGUGCGUACUGAAGCUAGUGCGAAGUGCACCAUUGUUUCGCAGUCCAUCGCUGCUGUCUGCUAAGUUCAGAAUAUACGAUGCUGGUGAUCUCAGCACGCCUUUGAGUGGAGAACUGUUUGAAAAUUACAGUUCUGUAUGGGCUUUUCCUUUCA